GCUCAGCAUCUCAAGCUUCCGCACGCGUUUCACCCCGUACCAGAGCAAUGGAGGCAGACAAAGACAAUCCAAUUGUGAUGAAGCCAUCACAUUCGUCGGUGAAGGAGUCUGUCAGGCGCUUGCAGACAGACCACAGUUUGAGCUUCGAGGAGGUGGAUCAUUUGCAGACGACCUUGGCUGCCAUCAGCAAGAGUCGCCGGUAUACCCACUACAAGAGGAAACCGUGGAUGGACGAGGACGGAAACUUGGUUUGGAGCCCGUCCCGCAUCAUGGUGGCAAAAGUUGUCUUCUCGCAAACCUUCGAGACAUGCAUGGGCCUGAUCAUUUGUUUCAACCUGGGCAUCAUCGUGUAUGAGGCAGACAUGGAUGCUACGUGCCAUCCAGCGUACACCGCCAACUAUAGCGAGUGCCCCCAGCGGGCAGAUGCGAUACCCUUUGUGGGUGAGAUCAACAUCAUGUUGCUCGUCAUUUACAGCAUCGAGUGUGCGAUCAGAUUCUUUGUGGAGCGUGGCGACUUUCUGUGCAACGCCUGGAACUUGGUGGACCUUCUCACGGUGGUCUUAGGCUGGUCCAGCAUGGCCCUCAGCAUGCUGAACUUCAGCCUGCUCCGCUUGGCUCGCCUGGUGCGAGUCCUGCGCGCCGCGCGGGUUUUCAUCUCGGUGCCCGAGUUCUACUUGCUUGUCUCCGGGUUGUACUCAUCCAUGAAGGCAAUCCUUUUCGGCUCCCUGAUUUUAGUGUCUGUCAUUGGCUUCUGGGCCGUCAUUGCGGUGGAAAUGCUGCAUCCAAUCGUGGCCAGCAUUCAGUUCACCAGCUGCGAGCGAUGUCAUGGAGGUUUCCGCUCCGUGCUUGCUGCCAGCGUCACGCUCUUCCAGCAGAUUGUGGCCGGCGACUCCUGGGGGGAGAUCUCCGUGCCGCUGAUCGAGACGGCCCCCGAGACCACGCCCAUCCUGUUUGCCAUCAUGGUCACGGUGUCGCUGGGAGUGAUGAACUUGAUCCUGGCCGUUAUCGUGGAGAGAGCCACCGAAGCGCGGGAAAACGAUCACGACCGCAAGCUCAAGAAGAAGGAGGUGGAGAGGAGCAAGAACAUGACCGACUUUGCAGUGCUGUGCCACGAUAUGGACAAAGAUGGCAGCGGCUCCCUCUCGUUGGAUGAGAUGCUCAAGGGCUAUGAUGAAAACGAAUCCUUCUCCAAGCUCAUGGGAGUGAUGGACAUCCACCGUGAUGACAUGCAGACCAUCUUCCGGGUCCUGGACACGGAUUGGAGUGGGGAGGUCUCGUACCUGGAGUUUUGCCAGCACUUGGCCGGGUUCUUUGAGCGAGACCCGACCAUCUUGCAGAGCCUCCUGAAGUAUUCCAUCCUGGAAGUGAGGAAGAUGAUUAGUGUAGACGUCCAGGGCACGCUGCGCGAGCACACCAAAAUGCUUCGAGAGCAGCAGCGACUCUUAGAGCGCCUGACGGCCUCCUCUUCGCCUUUGCCGGUGAAGAAGCCGCCCAAAGUGGAAGUGAGCUUCGGCCCGGAGUCGGAGUACCUGCCUCCGCUCCAGGGCCUCGCGGGGCUGCAGACGGAGCUGCAGCCGCUGCUGGGCCGCGCGGAGCGGCUGCUGGAGGAAGCCAUGCGCGCCAGCAGGGCCUGGAGUGCCGAUGGUGGUGAAGGCCAAGAACCUGUUAUGCCUCCAUCGCCCGCUGGCAAGCCGAACGAGAAGUACACUGAAGCUUCACUAGCGGAGCAGUUGGACCGGCAAUUCGCGGAGUUGUGCAGCAGCUUCCAGGACCGUUUCCAUGAGGCGGAGAGUCUUCAGGGGCGGUGCAAAGAAAUGCUGGAGCACCUCACGGACUUGAGACGAGAUGCUCUCAGUGGCCACGCCUCUUACAUCUUGUCUGUACAAGUUUAACAGGAGAUCCUCAAGGGAAACCUCCCGAAUCUCCACGCCCCUUCAGGAACGCGUUG